AUGCCGGACGAUGACUACAGCUACUACGAAGAGCACGAGUCCGAGGCGACCUACCACGGCCAGGGCGACGAGGAGGAUGAGGAAGACCCCGAGGAGCCGCUCUACAGUGCCCAGGAGAUCGAGGGAGCCGAGGCCGCUUUCGCCGCCCAGCAGAGAAGCUUCGAGGAGGCUCAGGGUCAUCCAAGGGGCGAGGCCGCGGGGGCGGACAGCGACGUGGCGGACCACCCCGACGAGAAGGAUAUCGCUCCCAUGACCGGCCUCCCAGACCGACGCACAAAGGGGUUCGGAGGUUUCGUCUUCUUCGGCACCGAGCAGGAUGCCGAGAUGGAAGCUAACCUCAUCACGAACGGGAUGUCCAGGCUGCAGUUGGAAGAGUCCCUUGCCAACGAGCCAGUGAUCAAGAAUCGGCCGAAGACCGCCAACCAGAAGAAGCAGCUCGACGAGAAUUCCUACAUGCCGGUCGAGUGGGCCAUCGAGUUGCGAGAACGAGUCCAGCACGAGAAGCUACCGAUCUGGUCUACCCUGGAGAAGGCCGAGGACUGGAUUCUCAUGUGUGUCAAGCAGAGCUCCUCCAAGGGUUUCGACAUUCUCGACGACGGCGCGACCUCCAGCAUCAUGGGCAUGAGGCCGCCGAGAACCUACGCGACAUUAUCUACGAGCAGACGGGCAAUAAUAUCAAUAUGGACGUUAGUCAUUGGCGACGGCAGUGCCAGGACCUGCACCAGCAAGGCGACCUCUACCCUCAUGAUCGCCAGCGUGGGCGGCGAGCUAGAGAUCAACAUCCUCGACGCAGACGCCCCGCUCCUGAUCGGAGUGGACGUGCUGAGCCGCCUCGGGGCUGCGAUUGACUGCGAGGCACACGCUGUUUACUUCAAGAAGCUCGGGCGCCGAGCUGAGCUGCUCGCCCUUCCGAGCGGCCUCAUGUACAUCAUCAUUACCUACGACCGCGGGGGCGUCAUCAUUACUUGGGACUACGGGGGCAUCAUCAUUACCUACGACUACGGGGACAUCAUCCUUACAAAUGUCAUGGACAUCAGCAUCGCCCCCUACAGCACCAACUAUGACAUUAUCAGGAACACCUACAGAGCGAAAUGCCGCAAAGCCGAGAGCCAGCAGGUGAAGCUGGAUAACGAGGAGAUGGUCGGAUCAUGGGAAGCGGUGCCGUCGCUGGAUGCAGACGCUCCGACUCGCCCUCCGACGUCGACGAGACCUACGCAGCCGAUGCCGCCAUCGGCUCGUCUGACCCAACAUCAGGACAGGAGGGGCAACAUAUUCUACGCGGUCGAGGGCUCGGAGCUGGACAAGAGCCUGAAGCGCUUGUCGGACACCUUCCUACUGGAGCACCUGCCGACCUGGGAGACGUGGUCCAGCAAGCUCCUGGAGCAGUGGGCGAUGUGCCGCCGCUGGGGGCGGGUCAUCAUCAAGGUCUUCCUCAAGACGAUCGACCGGGUGACCUGGAAGCUGGACAGCAUCGGCCCCCCUGUGCAGCUGCUGUCCGAGAAGGCCCGACCUGGCGGGCGGACGGAGACGGAGCAGAGGUCAGUCGCAUCCGCGGCCGCUCGAGAGCAGAACCAGGAGCUGCGGGCCAACAUCGAGACCGCAAAGUCCGAUUUCUCGACCAAUUAUGCGACGGUGGAUGCGUUUGCAGCGCUCAGCUCGGAACAGAUCUACGAGAAGCUCAACAUGGUGACGGUGGUCAAUCACUUGAAGCCCCUGUGCAAGACCUUGGGACUGACGCAGUCCGGCAAGAAGGAGGACGCGAUCGACAGGCUCAUCGCGUGCAUCAUCGAGCAGCGCGGAACGGCGGCAGCGACGAUCAGGGUCAAGAAGGAGCCCGAGGCCAGGAAGGUGGAGACGGGGCCUAUCGUUGUGGGCCCGGCGAUCCCAGCGCACUACACGCAGAUGUGCCGGCGCCCAGACUGUCAGCAGCAGCGGUGCAUCGCGAAGAACGAGCCGAUCGUGAAGGCGAGGCCCUUCGGGUGGUGCCACCAGGCGUGCGGGGGCAGGUCGGCCAUCUUCGGAGCUACGUGCGCUCUCACGACCUUCGGCAGAUUGACGACGGUCGAGGCGUGUACCCACGAGGACUCCAACCUUGGCCAGGUCUGCGACGAGAAGGGCUACAACUACGAGAGACUCGGCCUGUUCAACGAGUGCGGCCUCAGCAAGCCGCAGGGCUACCACAAGGCGAAGUUCCUGCUGGGCGAGAAGCGCCCGGAGCUCCUCGUCAGCACACCUCCCUGCGGGCCGUGGUCGAUGAUGCAGAAUAUCAACCAGCGCGACGACAAGCAGAAGGAUAAUCUGCGCAAGAAGCGACUCAAGAGCCAGCGGAUCUCUGAGAACAGCAAGUGGCUCAUGGAGCAUCAGGUGCCUCACCUGAAUGGCUCGGCCCUCGCCGAGCAGCCACACAACAGUCGUUCGCGGCAGACGACCUGCUGGAAGGACCUGCACAUUCUCCCCUACGAGGUGAUCGUAGACGGCUGCGCCUGCGGACUCAAAGCCCCGGACACAGGCGAGCUCAUGAAGAAGCGCUGGAAGUUCCUGGCGAACGACAAGGUGCUGUGCCGCCGGAUCCUCCGAACUCUGACCAAGAGCCAGAAUCAGAAUUACUUCGACGAAGAGGUCGUGAAUUUCUGUAUGGCCGCUACCCAGCAGCCACCUACUGAGCCGACUCCAGAGGAGGACGAGACAUCAAUUCCACCACUAGAUGGCAAGGAGUCACACGACCUCACCAACGACACAGUCAAGAAGCUCGAGAGCUACAUCAGCACGAACACCGGCGUGAUGGCGCUAGCGAUCCUCGGCGCAGGCUCGGACAUACUCUACGUGCGGCUCAUCGACGAGAGCAAUCCCAGGGUCAUGCGCUAUGAUCCAGUCGGGAGCGCCAUCUCCGACGAGUUCCGCGAGUGGAUCGAGAGCCAGGGGGUCUACUGCCUCCCAUGCGCUGCCGACGCCCACUGGCAGAUCGGCAAGAUCGAACGAGCCAUCGAUGCGUUCAAGGAGGCCCUUGACGCCUUCGACGAGAUGAUCUUAGCUGAAGUUCCCACGAGCGAGAUGUUCGGACUACAGACAGCAGCCAGGAACGACCUGAUCAGGAUCGACGGUUUCAGUCCGCUGCAGCGCUAUGCGGGACGGACACCCACUGGCACCGCGGUCAACCUCUUCGACGAGCUGACCAACCUGCCACUCAUCAGCGCCGAGCUGCUGGAUGGCACCUUCUGCAGGGACGCUCAAGUACGACGGAUGGCACGGCUAGCUCGCAUCCAGACGGAGAACUCCGACCGAGUCGAGCGUGCGGAGGCCGCGAGCUUCAGAUCGUUCAAGAAGUACGAGACGGGCGACCUGGUAUUCGUCUACCGGCGGCUCCCACCAGGAGCCUGGCGCAAGAAAGGACAGCCCCGAUCCAUUCAGGACGAGGCCGCUGGUGCGGACCUGGACGAGCACUCUGCCAUGAACCUGCCAGCUCAGGACAUCGACCUGGUCUGCCCGGGGCGGUGGUCCACAUCGCUAGCUGGGCGACUCUACCGAGUUGUUCCCGAACAACUUCGGCCCGCCACACCUUCCGAGGAGGCGAUGGCGUCGCCACGCUCGCGCCGCGAGCAGCCUGGAACACGGACCUUCGGCGACUUCCAGAAGCAGCUCGACACGAACGAGGUGAUCGACCUGUCGAACGAGUCCCCUCCCACUGGUGAGGACCUGGCCGCUGACGACGGAGAGUCGGUCAGCGCCCGCGCCUUCGAGAAUGACGCAAGCGGGCCCUGGGCCAUCCCUGAAGACGAGGACCUACCUGUUCCACGAGGAUCUACGGAGCCCCCGAUCAAGAAGCAGCGGAUCAAUUUGGCGACCCAGGAAAAGUAUUCCUACUACCUGCAGGAGGGUAACUUCUACGGGGACUACGCCUACAGCGUCCAGCCGUAUGACGAGGUCAAGGAGGACGACGAGCUCAUCGUGCUGGACAUCCCUGUCAACAGCGAACACGCGCUCAUGGCUUGCAUGGGCGACCCCAGCAACUUCGUGGCAUCGCAGGCCCGGAAGGGCCGAGUCGAAGUCUCAUUCAAGAAGGCGACCCCAGAUGAGAAGAAGCUGCUACUCGAGGCACAGCAGAAGGAGUGCACUUCCGUCCUCAGCACGAAGGCCGUCAGGGUCCUCAGUCGACAGGGGAUCGACCCAGCGCGUCUGUUGCGCUGCCGUUUCGUGCUGACCUGGAAGAAGGAUGACAAGGGCAACGCGCUCAGGGGCAAGGCCAGAUUGGUCGCGCUCGGUUUCAGCGACCCCGACCUGCUUCAUGUACUGACGGAGUCUCCAGACGUACGUCAGGCCUCCGGCAUGAAAGACGACGAGGUCCUGCAGUUUCUCAAGCCGAUGUACGGGUUCGUACAUGCUCCUCGCAAGUGGUGGCUACAUUUCAAAGAAACGCUCAAGAUGCUGCAGCUGGAAGUGAUACAGUGCGAGCCAUGCGUCUGGGCCAUCCGAGACAGCACUAAGCUGGUCGGCAUGGCCAUCCUACACUUUGACGACAUGAUGAUUGCCGGUGGUCAUACUCACGCAGGCUUUCUCAAGAAGCGACAAGAGAUCCAACAGGCAUUCGAGUGGACCCCCUGGGAAAGCCGAGCAUUCGUGCAUUGCGGUACCAGCAUCCGUCAGAACGAGGAUUCCCCUUGCAGUCUCGCACAGGACAGCUACAGCCUGAACAUGGCGCCCAUCAAGAUACGACGUGGACGGAAACCUACAGACGGAGUCUCGGACCAAGAGAGAUCAGACUUACGAGGGCGACUUGGUGCAGUCGGCUGGCGAGCUCAACAGUCCGCCCUGUGGCUAAGUGCUGAAGUCUCACUACUUCAAGCGGAGGUACCUACGGCUAUGGUCUCGACCAUCCAGAAGAUCAACAAGCUCAUCCGCACCAUGAACGAUACUGCCGACGUGGCCAUGCUCAUCCCCGCCAUUGAGCAUAUCGCUGUAGUUGGCUGGAGCGAUGCAGCCUGGGCUGCCCGUAUCACCGGCGAGUCCCGGGGUGGCGAGAUGAUCGCGUUGGCCCCACUGUCUUUCCUGAGCGGCUCGACUGAGACGGUGGCACCUAUCUCAUGGAGAUCGUGCAAAUUACCGCGAGUCGCCAGAAGCAGUGCGAGUGCGGAGGUUCAGAUGAUGACGGAGACCCUAGACGAGAUCAGCUACGUGCGUCUGCUCAUCUAUGAGUUGGAGUGCGGCCAAGUGGACUGCGCGAACGAGCAGAUCUCAUCCUGCCCUGGCGUGCUAGUCACAGACGGCAAGUCGGGCUACGACGCUAUCGAGAAGAGUGAGUCGGCUGGUCUUGGACUACGCGACAAACGUACGAGCAUCGAGUGUCUAGGCAUUCGACAGCAGAAGGAGCAGACAGCCUUCCAGAUACGUUGGGUUCACAGCGACGCUAUGCUCGCCGACGGUCUCACCAAGGAUCGUGCCGCCAAGGUCUUUCUCGAGUUCUUCAGGACAGGCCAGCGCUGGAGGCUCGCGGGCGACCCUCUACACCGCAGUGCUAGAAAACGCAAGACCGAGGGCAUGGACAAGCUCGACCACGGCAAGCCGCUGUCCCCCGACGACGACGAUGCUAUGCUCGAGGCCCUCAUCUACUACGCCCGCGACGACCCCGACGAGCAGGACAGCCUUGCUGGAGAUGCAGCCCUGUCAGCCGCCAGCGGCAGGCCUCGAUGCCGUAACAUCGAUCUUCAGAUUUUGGGCAUGCAAUUCACAGCCCAGAGCCUGCCUAUCUAG